CAAUUCGGGCAUGCAGGUGUAUUUUAUUAUGCAGCUAAUUGGGUUAUUUUGCGUGGAUCUCCUGGGUCCUAAUCAUCAGUCGUCGGCAUUUCAGCAGCCCAGGCAAGAUGAAAGACAAUGACAGUACGAUAAAUGGAAUAAAAUAAUACACGUCACACUUUUGCCUUCUUGUAACUGAGUUUGUAGUUUCUUUCAAAUUGCUUGUUGUUAGGUAAGUAAAAUAUAGACCAUAUCUAGUAUGUGGUUUGUAACAGAAUUGAGUAUUAGAUCAAUUUUAAACAUGCUUCGCACAUUUUUUUAACAAGUAUUUUAUAUGUAAAAACUAAGUAGCUUCAGUUGAACAACAUACAUUGUUUAAGAUUCUUAGAAUGUUGGAAUCGUGUGAUGUAGGGAAAUGAGGGGCGGUGUUAGUAACCAUAGUUACCACCUAAACAGACAGCGAGAUUUUGGAAAUUUGCGCGCAGAGAGACGGAUGACUGAUGGCGUUUUUCGGAGUUACAAACUGUGGCUACCAGAAUCCAAUUGCAGAUCGGAUGCUUACUAAAACUUCUAACGGCCCAGCUCGGGACAGAGUGUCAGAAUUACCCCCCAUUCAUCCCACGAGUAGACCAUCGUGCACCGACACAUGCAGUAUUUACAAACAACCUCUACCCUAUGGCAUUGACCUACACCGUGGCAGCCAACUGAGUUAUCAAGAAAUGCUUAAACGGCUUCAAACUCCAAGAUCCCCCAACCAGCUGUAUGUCAUGCCUGUGACUGACGCCCAGCAGUGCGGCUGGUGGCUGCCCAGUAGUGAAAAGUGGGCAAAGACGCGAAGGUUCCCUCGUUGCCACAGUGAGAUGACCAAAUUCGUGAUGGAGAUGUCCAUGACCGACCGAGAGUUCAGCUUGUUCUGAAUUUUGCAGCGGAAAGAUGAAAUAGGCUACUGGUGUGUUUAAUAAAAUGUUCUCCAUACAGCCUAGUAUUUAAAUUUUUUCCCCCUCAUACUUAGCUUUUUGUACAUUUAUAUAACAAUAGCAUAUUUGAUUGCUAUAGUUUAGUAGUGUGGAAGUAGAAUUGACUGUUUGGGAAAUGAGAGUUAGUUUUUUUUUUAACCUGAGCCAAAUCUUUCCUUGCUAAUUUUGUGAUGACUAUUGUUGUCAUGGACACAGAAAAAUCUACCGGUGAUGUCACUAGUGUGACAAGGGAGUACUUGCACUGACUUGAAUAGAUUAUAAUGUUUAAUUGCAUCUCUUUCUGUGACUUAUCUAUAUCCAAUUACCAAAUAAAAUGGAUAAACCCA